AAAUCUGGCGUCUACAUGAGCAGCUUCCUGAAUAAGCUGGUGCCCCUAACCCCAGGAUACCUGGAGGCUGGUGAUAAAAAAGGCUACCUGGGACGGGAUUCCACAUGGUAUAAUUAAAUCUCAGCCUCCAGGAGUUUGGAGGAGGAGGAGGAAGAGAAGGAGGAGUCUGGUGAACAGGACUGUCCAGCAAAGAUCUGCACAGGGAGAGGGAGAGAAAUCUGAACAGAGAGUCUCAAAAAUGCCCAGAGCUGCCCCAAGCCACCUGGAACAGCCGGACCCCUGGGAAGGAGAGGCACGAGGUGUGCCCAGGCAAAGGACCUGCUUCCUGCAGCCUUGCAAGGUCAAGUCCCCGGCCUUCCCUGGAAACCUCGAGGAGGCCCCAGAGAAGCGCAGGAUCCGGCCCAUGCGCUCCAAGGCCCGGCGCAUGGCGGCCAACGUCCGGGAGCGCAAGAGAAUCCUCGAUUACAACCAGGCCUUCAACGCCCUGCGGCUGGCCCUCCGGCACGACCUGGGGGGCAAGCGGCUCUCCAAGAUCGCCACCCUCCGCCGCGCCAUCCACCGGAUCGCCACCCUCUCCACGUCCCUCCGGUCCGGGCCUGCGGUGGGGUGGUCCUGCGCCCACGCUGAGUGCCAGCCGCCCCGGGGCGAAGGCGGCUUUAGGGACAGCCAGCCCAAGCUCUUCCAGCCUCUCUGGGAACCUGGAUACAGUAAGGGGCCUCCAUUUCAGCCCAGUGCGACAGCAUGCAUGAAGUGCCGCCCCGAAAACGCUUCCCAUCACUUGGUCGACAACCCCAAAGAGGGCACUUAUGGAUCCAGCUGUGCCUGUUGUCCAGCCGGCACCCUCCUCCUGGGGGGCCGAGCCCCCUGCCAGCAAAGACUUGCAGAUGCCAGCAUUCAAAGUUGCCCUGGUCAUUUCCCCUGGAAGUACGGCUUGUUCUGAGAUGUGGACUCUCAGCCUUCUUCAUCCUUGUGGUCCUGAUGGUGAGGGCACGAUCCUCUGCUUCCCCUGAAGUUGGAUCGGGACAGUUUUCCUAGGAUCUCACAUUGACCCUUGCAGACUUAGAGAAGUUGCCUUCUCAGGAUUUCGCAUUUCCUCUGGCUGAGUUUGUAAAGGUAUACAGAUGCUUUUUUGACUGUACCUUCAUGGGGCAGAGACCUAUCUCCAGCUGAUUUGCGCUCCAGCUGAUUUGUAAAUAUAUACAGUGGCUUUUUGACUGCAUGCUCCUGGGGAAUCUGUAAAAUGCCAUGCACACUGUAUAAAUAUAUUAUAUUAUGAUCUUGCAACCACUGGAUACUGCAGGAAUAUUUGUGUCUUUGGGAUGUUAUAGGUUCACCCGCCUUUGUGACUUUUCCUGAAAUAAUCUGAUGCCAGCUCUGUCAGGCUGACGGAAUCACUGCCCUGAUCUGGAGGGCAGCCUCACUGCAAAGCAGCUGAGGGGCGGCAAUAUUUCAAAGGGGCGUCAGAGGGGUACCUGCCACCAGGAUGUGAGCCCCAGAUGGUUUUCCACAAGGGAACGUCGUCCUCGGACCAGAUGUGGAAGCUUAACCACUACAGCUAGAAACACUGACUUGGGAAUAAGCCCCACAGAACUCACUGGGGCUCAUUUCUCAGUAGAUAUCCAUGGGGUGGCACUUGUCAGCAUCACUACAGUUCUGGGUGCAACUAGAAUGGGGUGUGUGUGUGCGAACCAGCCGAUGUCUUAAGAAGGAACAGAAGGAGUCCAGCUGAGACACUUGAACACCAGUGCAGGCAGCAAGAUAGGUGUGGUUUAUUUGUCUGCUUAGAUCUGUUGGGGCAUAAACUCUAGAACCUGUAAUCCACAAAGGGUGCGCCAGGGCAUGCUAAGAGUGCUGCAAGAUGAAAGUUAAUUAAAUAGUCGAAGGCCAAAGCAUUUUUGGGCAUGUGUCCCUUCUCUGAUUUCGCCUCUUACUAAUCCAGA